CUAUGCUCACUGCUCACUCUACCGGUCUAUCCUUCUCAUACACACACAUAUAGCUAGCAGCUACUGGCUAAGCUGUUCCUAAGUCUUUCAUCAUCCAUCUGAGAAAAAGAUAUAUAGACAGAGAAAGAGAGAGAGAGAUGAGUGAUGAUGAGUCCUAAGUUUUUUAUAUAAUCGUUUAUUUUUAUUUGUUUCUUCCUUCUACUCUUUACUUGAUCUGCUUCCAUCUCUUUUCAAGAAGGCGAUUGAAGAACUGAGAAAGCAGCAAACAAAGAGAAAGAAAAGAGAGAAAGAGAUAGCAGACUAGAGAGACAGGGAGAGACAAGUUGAAGAAGAGAGACUUUGCUUGAUAUUCCCCCAUACAAGAGGAAUUAAGGAAAACGAUGUAUACGUCUAAGUUUUAUUAAGCUUUUACACACAGCACUUACAAGCCCUUUUUCUGCUAUCAGGUGAAGGAACAAACACCAAAGAAGAAGAAGAAGAGAUCAUCAUAUUCCCGCAAAAGUUUGCUUAUCACAGCAAAUUUAAAGAGAUCGGUAUUAAAAGCAAGAGAUAUGAUGAUGAAGAAGAUACUAAUAAUAACAUGGAAGUAGUAGCAGUAGCAACAACACCAACAAGAAUACAAGUACUACCUUUGCAUCUAUUCUCUGAUCACCAUCAUCAUCGCCGCUCAUCAAUUCAGCACAUCAUCAACAAGAGUACUGCUACUAGAAAUAGUAGUAGUUUCGUAUCAAAAAUAGAGCUUAAUUUUGUAAAUAAUUCUAUGUCCCAAGGCUUUCAUCAAAGGAUCAUCAAUUUCUCAAAUGGGUUUGAUAGAUCGACGACGACGUUGCACAGUCAAGAUCAACAGAUGGCUGAUCAACCUAGCAGCAGCCAAAGAGAUAUUAACAGAUUUAGGGUUCAAGGAUAUGAACAACCGACGGUAGCAGCAGCACCUAUGGGUUCUUUAGAAGAAGAUCAAGCUUCAACUAGUCAUCAUCAUCAUCAUCAGCUUCCCGUUGGAUAUGAAACAGGAGCAGGUAUGUUAUCAGAAAUGUUCAAUUUCCAGUCAAUCCCUACAACAACGUCGACCGACAUGCUGGAAGAACAGAAUCAAAUGUCCAUGAAUUAUCGAUUACUAAGCCGGCCUAGUUCAUCAUCUGCUGCUGCCAUGCAACUAUUCCAAAUGAACCCUCAACAAAGAUCACCUUCUCCUCCACCACCACAACAACAACAACAGCAGCACCAACAACAUCUUCAAGGGUUUCAUCUAUCUACGGCAGCAGCGGCAGCGGCAGCGGAAGAAGUAACGUUUGAUGGUAAUCCAAUAUCAGUUAGUCAAUUCAUGACAUGGGUGCCAAGUAAUAACGAUAAUGUAGAGGUAGUUAAUAGUAGUACUGCUACUACUGGUAAAAUUGGUGGACUUUCACUUUCUCUGUCUUCAUUACAACACUUAGAAGCAGCAAAACAAGAAGAAUUUAGAAUGGGUGAUGGUGGGUUUUUCUAUUACAACCAACAAUUAGAGAAUUUAGGAAGUCAUCAUCACCACCCACCUCAUCAACAACAACAACAACAUCUGCAACCCUUACGUUUGCAAGGAUUGGGUCAUGGUAACCUACUUAGUAGUAGUAGCCAACAACAACACCACCACCACCAAGUUCAUGGUGGAUUUUCAUCUCCUUCAACAGUUGGAGUAGUGAAUGUUUUAAGGAAUUCUAAAUAUAUGAAAGCUACUCAAGAAUUGUUAGAAGAGUUUUGUAGUGUUGGAAGUAGAGGACAUCAUCAUCUGAAGAAUCAUAAAAGGCUUGCUAGGAGAAACUCAAACCCUAACACUAAUCAAGUUGGUGGUAGUGGUGGUGGUGGUGGGGAUAAUAUUGCUGGGUCUUCUUCAUCUUCCAAGGAUGUCACUCCUCCUUUAUCAGCGGCUGAUAGGAUUGAACAUCAGAGGAAGAAAGUUUCCCUACUAUCCAUGCUUGAUGAGGUUGACAGAAGAUACAACUACUACUGCGAACAAAUGCAAAUGGUGGUGAACACAUUUGAUUCAGUAAUGGGUUAUGGUGCAUCAACUCCAUAUACAACACUAGCUCAAAAAGCAAUGUCAGGACAUUUUCGAUGUCUUAAAGAUGCAAUCUCGACUCAAUUAAAACAAACAUCUGAACUUCUUGGUGAUAAAGAAGGAACUUCAGGCUCUGGGGUUACUAAAGGAGAAACACCUCGUCUUCGUUUACUCGACCAAAGUCUUCGGCAACAACGAGCAUUUCAUCAAAUGGGUAUGAUGGAGCAAGAAGCUUGGAGACCUCAAAGAGGGUUGCCGGAACGUUCUGUCACCAUUCUAAGAGCGUGGCUUUUUGAGCAUUUUCUUCACCCGUACCCUAGUGAUGCAGAUAAGCAUUUGUUAGCUCGUCAGACUGGUUUAUCAAGGAAUCAGGUAUCAAAUUGGUUCAUAAAUGCCAGAGUUAGAUUGUGGAAACCCAUGGUGGAAGAAAUGUACCAACAAGAAAGCAAAGAAGCAGAAGAGAUGACAACAACAACAACAGAUCAUGAUGAGAGAGACCAAUAUCAUCAAUUUCAUAGAGCGAGAAACAGCAACCAACAGCAAGACUACCAAAAAACAACAACAAAUACGACACCACCAUCACAACCAAUUACAACAACUCAACCAACUGCAGCAACAACAACAGACGCAACAGUUAUAGCAGCAGCUGCAGGCAUGAGAUCCGAAAUUGAUGCCAUAGAAAAUGACCCAUCGUCGUCAUCAUCAUCACUCAAUGCAAUCAAUAUGAAUUGCUCAUCAGAAACUACAAAUAAUAUCUACACUACCAGCUCUACGUUUCAUAAUAAUGACAUACCACCUUCAUCCAUAAUAUUGAGCAAUAAUCAACAAAGGAUGUUAGGAAAUGACACGGGCAGUCGGGGUCGUAUGACACUAAACAACAGCCUAGUGACACAUGAAUACGGGUCGACCUCCUCAUCGGUUUCGAAUGCUCAUCACGAUAUGGAAUCAACACUUGUAAGAUUUGGAACAGCUUCUGGCGAUGUAUCUCUCACCUUAGGGCUUCGACAUGCUGGAAAUGUGCCUACCCAGAAUCGGUUUCCGGUUAGAGAUCGAUUUUAGAGGCUGAUUAAAAAUUACAUAGUAUAUAAUUAGCAUUUUGUCUUAUCAUUUUGAGAAGUAAAUUAGAAAUUUAGACCAAGUCACCUAGCUAAAAUUUGUUUAAACUGUAUAUUUAAAAAUUUGUUAUGAAAUCCUUUUCUUUUCUUUGGGGAAAAUUUGGGAAUGUAACGUAAAUAAUUGGCAACCUU